CAAUCCAGGGUUAAGGUCAAAGGUUUUUAGAGUCAUGAAGUUCAAGAAAGGGAAUACAGUAGAGCUGUUGAGAACAAAACUGGACCCAUGUGGCUCUUGGUUUACUGGCAAAAUAGUUGAAGUAAAUGGAGAUUGGUAUACUGUUAGGUAUGACUUGCUUCUGAAUCAUGAAGGAGAACCACUUGCUGAAAAGGUGCACAAGGAUGAUAUUAGGCCUCAACCUCCAUUCACAAUGAAAGAGAGAUGGGUGAAUGGUGAUAUAGCUGAAGUGUUUGAUAUUCAUUCUUGGAGGUUUGGAAAGGUUGCAAAGGCGAUGAAUAAUAAUCGGUUUGUUGUUAGACUGUUCGGGUCUAUCCAGCUUAGAGAAUUUUGCAGGUCUGAUCUUAGGGUUCGACAAGUUUGGCGCAACAAGAAGUGGGUGAAGAUUGGGAAGGUUGGUGGAGAUAAACAAAUCAACAAUAAUAUUACAGAAUACAGUUCCAAAUAUUCUCAAGAAUUUUUAGUUUACGAGGAGCUGCAACAAGGUAUUCAGGAAGAAACUUACAGUGUAGAUAGAACUUGGCAGGAUUACAUCAAGACACAUUUCAAAUCAUCCCCUCAAGGUGCUGUUAUUGCUAGAGGUCACAAGAGAGGGAGAGCAACCAUGAAAGAGGGAAGGUGUGACAGGCUGCUCGUGAGAACUCUUCCUUUUCUUGAACAGGUAGAUGUUGUUUCUUCCCCAAAAGCAAAAUUGGGUGAGAAAUGCAUAAAAAGGUCUUUUGAUAUGGAUGUGAAAAACGAAAAAACAAACAAUUAUUCCUUAUGUUUGUCAUCCACACCUGUUCGAGGUACAGAAGAAAGUAACAAAUGCUCAGUUGCUAGUUGUAGUAGUAACAACGUUGGGGAGUCCAGUGUUCGAAAUUCCCAAAAAUCACCUAGGAUUAUUUAUGCUAGUUAUUUGGAUGAUGUUGGAUCAUCAUGUGACUCUAGACCCAAGAAAAAAUGUUUACCCUCCUGGACUGAAGAUGAAGUAGAAGCCGACGACAUCCAUGAGGUAGAGCUUAAUGCAUAUAAAUCAACUGUGCAGGCUUUGUAUUCUUCUGGUCCUUUAAGUUGGGAGCAGGAGUCGCUCUUAACAAACCUUCGUCUCUCCCUUCACAUUUCAAAUGAGGAACAUCUACUCUAUCUGAGCUUUGUUGGAGUUCAUGUGAACAUCUUUGUCCACGUAAUCCUUGACAUAUUGGCAAAAUCUUCUGGUGGAAUAGCACAAUAUGCAGCAGAUAUUUUAUCUACUGGAUAUCGUGCUGUUCCACUGAAGAUUUGCCAAAUGCUGAUUAAUGUUUUCUCCCCUGCUGAAAAUGGAGAACUGAAAAAGGAUAGCGGCUAA